AGUCAUUUUCUUGCCCAACUCCAAAAUGGCACCCACUAGCUUCAUCAAAAGGAGACAACCUCCCAGCACCCUCUCUGGCCCGUAACGUCAUGUGACGCGAGACCCAACCGGAAGUGAAGGAAAAAGCGCUUCAGCCCGCGGCGCCUGCGCAGAACGCUCUAGACGCUGAGAGGUAGGAGGCACUUGGGAUCGUCUGCAGGAUUGGGACUGCUAUAGAGGCCGCCACGGAGCCCGCCGGAGCCACCGUUCCUGCUGCUGCUGCCGCCGCUGCCCGAAUCGGAACCGUCGGGCCGCAGCCGCCGGCAAUGCCGCGAAGGAAGAGGAAUGCAGGCAGUAGUUCAGAUGGAACCGAAGAUUCCGAUUUUUCUACAGAUCUUGAGCACACAGACAGUUCAGAGAGCGAUGGCACAUCCCGACGAUCUGCCCGGGUCACCCGCUCCUCAGCCAGGCUAAGCCAAAGUUCUCAAGAUUCUAGCCCUGUUCGAAAUCUGCAAUCUUUUGGCCCUGAGGAACCUGCUUAUUCUACCAGAAGAGUGACCCGUAGUCAGCAGCAACCUACCCCUGUGACACCAAAAAAAUAUCCCCUUCGGCAGACUCGUUCAUCUGGUUCGGAAACUGAGCAAGUGGUUGAUUUUUCAGAUAGAGAAACUAAAAAUACCGCUGAUCAUGAUGAGUCACCACCUCGAACUCCAACUGGAAAUGCACCUUCUUCUGAGUCUGACAUAGACAUCUCCAGCCCCAACGUGUCUCAUGAUGAGAGCAUUGCCAAGGACAUGUCCAUCAAGGACUCAGGCAGCGAUCUCUCUCAUCGCCCUAAGCGCCGUCGUUUCCAUGAAAGCUACAAUUUCAAUAUGAAAUGUCCUACACCAGGCUGUAACUCUCUAGGACACCUUACAGGAAAACAUGAGAGACAUUUCUCCAUCUCAGGAUGCCCACUCUAUCAUAAUCUCUCAGCUGAUGAAUGCAAGGUGAGAGCACAGAGCCGUGAUAAGCAGAUAGAAGAAAGGAUGCUGUCCCACAGGCAAGAUGACAACAACAGGCAUGCAACCAGGCACCAGGUAUGGGCCUUGUUAAAGCUCUGGCCAUUUGAGAUCCAUGACUUGGAUCUUCUUUGCCCCAUUAUUAGCCUUUGGAGUAUCUGCGAACACAGACAGACCUACGGGAAUACUCGGGAACCUCUCUUGGAAAACCUGACAAGCGAGUAUGACUUGGAUCUUUUCCGAAGAGCACAAGCCCGAGCUUCCGAGGAUUUGGAGAAGUUGAGACUGCAAGGCCAGAUCACAGAAGGCAGCAACAUGAUUAAAACAAUUGCUUUCGGUCGCUAUGAGCUUGAUACUUGGUACCAUUCUCCUUAUCCUGAAGAAUAUGCUCGGCUAGGACGUCUCUACAUGUGUGAAUUCUGCCUAAAAUACAUGAAGAGCCAAACGAUACUCCGCCGACACAUGGCCAAAUGUGUGUGGAAACACCCACCUGGUGAUGAGAUAUAUCGCAAAGGCUCGAUCUCUGUGUUUGAAGUGGAUGGCAAGAAAAACAAGAUCUAUUGUCAAAACCUGUGCUUACUGGCAAAGCUUUUUCUGGACCACAAGACGUUGUAUUAUGAUGUGGAACCCUUCCUGUUCUAUGUUAUGACAGAAGCGGACAACACUGGGUGUCAUCUGAUUGGAUAUUUUUCUAAGGAAAAGAAUUCAUUCCUCAACUACAAUGUGUCCUGUAUCCUUACUAUGCCUCAGUACAUGAGACAAGGUUAUGGCAAAAUGCUCAUUGAUUUCAGUUAUUUGCUUUCCAAAGUGGAAGAGAAAGUUGGCUCCCCAGAACGUCCACUCUCAGAUCUGGGGCUUAUAAGCUAUCGCAGCUACUGGAAGGAAGUGCUUCUCCGUUACCUGCAUAAUUUCCAAGGCAAAGAAAUUUCUAUCAAAGAAAUCAGCCAGGAGACGGCUGUGAAUCCUGUGGACAUUGUCAGCACUCUGCAAGCCCUUCAGAUGCUCAAGUACUGGAAGGGAAAACACCUAGUUUUAAAGAGACAGGACCUGAUUGAUGAGUGGAUAGCCAAAGAGGCCAAAAGGUCCAACUCCAAUAAAACCAUGGAUCCAAGCUGCUUAAAAUGGACCCCUCCCAAGGGCACUUAAAGUGACCUAUCUUUCCGAGCCAGUGAGCCCCAGCAGUAGGAAUCCGUACCCUAGGGAUCUGUCUGUCAUUUCUGUUGCUCUUGUGAUUGGCAAGUACAGUAUCCUUUGGGAAGGCCAUCCCCCUCAGGACUGUCCUGGCUCCGACCUUCCUGUACACUGCAGACGCUGGUUCUGAGGAACUGUUGUUUCGGCCUCAGUGAGGUUGCCUGGUUGGGAUCUGUAUUAGACUUGAGUGCAGCUCUCUCAGCACUGACCCAAGGAGUUCUGUUAUGGUACUGUACCUGUCCAGUCACUGGUUCUCUCCUCAUGUUCUCUCGCCCCAUGAGGUUGUAUUGUGUCUUCUAAACUUGGUACUAGUGCUUCUUGCCACCCAGUCACCAGACCUCCAGAUAAUGGCUGCCACCACCAGGACCUUUCCAAUUACUCCUUACACGUGUUCUGUGGAGGGGCAGGGAAGAGGUAGCACCUGUGAGUGUGUGUACUGGGAGGGGAUCCAUUCACUUUGGAUUUCAUCUUGCUUUACAUUUUUUCCCUACCUUUUUAUUGAAAGACCUGUUUUUGAUCAGUGUUGGGCUGACCAGAGCCAAAUACUUUUGAAGAGUUUCCCAGGGAUUAGUCCCAGUAACAGCACAUAACCCAUCUGUAUGAGAUGGAGAGAAGAAUCAAGAGGUGGUGGUUCUCUAUUUUGAUUUGAAUUUACCUGUGGACAGUAUCUUGGUAGAAGGGAAUGGAUACUUCUUUUUGCCUCACCAGAAAGUGCCCAGUAGUAAAUGUUUUCUCCUCCCUGCUCCCUGCCCCCUUUUACGUAUGCAGGUGCCAAAAUAAUUUCCAGUUCUCCCUUUCAUGCUACCUGUUAACUGGCUAAUUAUACUGCGAAAGCCUUUCCCUCUAUAUCACUCUGAUAAAGUACACCUGCACUUCCAUAUAAAUUGCACUGAUUUUGUCCGAACGCUCUGGGAUAAGUUGAAAAUGAUUGAGUGACUUCCAUAUCUCAACCCAUGACUCAGCGAGGCAGAAUGGCCACCCCUGCCAAGGUUUGCUUCUCUUUUCAACAGUGCCUCACCCUCCCUCUAGUACUAAAAUGCUUCUGCCCCUCCACAAACUCCUCCAUUGCUCUUUUGGGACUUGCUACCAUCCUUGUAUUCUCUGGUCUCCUAUUUUUGGUGUUGUUCAAGUGAAGGAAGAGAUGUUCCCUCUAAUUUCUCUCUAGCCUGUUAUAACCUGCUAUCUUGGGGCAGCUUUUGAUGUAUGACUUGUCACCCUUCCCAACUUGGUCUCUGACAACACGCUGUCUUCAUGUGGAGCCCUCACCACAAUCCCGACUCUGGUCAUUUGUGCCUUUCUCUUGUCAUCUCUGUACACUACUUAUAUUCACUGUGGGUUGGGGGGAGCUAAUUUUAAGCAUGUUCAGUGGCAGCUUCCCCCCCAGUUUCAGUGUCACUGUUGAAAUUUAUCCAAAAGCAACUUUACUGGGGGUUUUCUUAAGGGGUAAAGGCCUUUUACAGAAGCUAAACCCUUCCCCACAUGUGGUAGAAUGUGCUCUUCUAUAUCUACUCUUCAAUAAAGCAUGUUCUCUGCUCAA